AGAAGAAGAACUCCGGUUUCUUUUAGCAUCACCAGCGCCAAUGUAGCGAACUAAUCUGACAAAAAACCCGCUUUUUCACCUAAUUUUCUGUAACUAAACUCGAAUCGCAGCUGCAGACAUUUCAAAGAAGGUUUAUUUCACCCGGUCGUAACAUUUGACAGGAUGUUGGCCACGGGAGCCGCUGUGACGUCGGCGCUGGCGCAGGUCGACCGGGAGAAGAUUUACCAGUGGAUAAACGAGCUGUCGAGUCCCGAGACCCGUGAGAACGCUUUACUGGAGCUCAGCAAGAAACGAGAGUCUGUGCCCGACCUGGCGCCCAUGCUCUGGCACUCGUGUGGCACUAUCGCCGCCCUGCUGCAGGAAAUCGUAAACAUCUAUCCUUCUAUCAACCCUCCCACUCUGACAGCUCAUCAGUCCAACCGAGUCUGUAACGCUCUGGCUCUGCUCCAGUGCGUCGCCUCACAUCCAGAAACCAGGACAGCGUUCUUGGCCGCACACAUCCCUCUCUUCCUGUACCCGUUCCUUCACACCGUCAGUAAAACACGGCCUUUCGAAUACCUCAGACUCACGAGUUUAGGAGUCAUUGGCGCUCUCGUUAAAACAGAUGAACAGGAGGUGAUCAACUUCCUUUUAACGACUGAGAUCAUCCCUCUGUGCCUUCGGAUCAUGGAGGCCGGCAGUGAGCUCUCAAAAACGGUUGCCACUUUCAUCCUUCAGAAAAUCCUUUUAGACGACACGGGUUUGGCGUACAUCUGUCAGACCUACGAGCGCUUCUCUCACGUCGCCAUGAUUUUAGGUAAAAUGGUUCUUCAGCUCUCAAAAGAACCUUCAGCUCGACUCCUCAAACACGUUGUUCGCUGUUACUUACGACUUUCAGAUAACUCCAGAGCGAGAGAAGCCUUACGUCAGUGCCUCCCGGAUCAGCUCAAAGACACCACGUUCGCGCAGGUUUUAAAAGACGACACCACCACGAAGCGCUGGCUGGCCCAGUUAGUCAAGAACCUCCAGGAGGGACAGGUGACCGACCCGAGAGGCAUCCCGCUCACCCCUCAGUGACCCCGGGGUCCGACGAGGAGAGAGACAGACCGUCAACCAACCGCCAACAAGCACAAACCAGCGAAAAACCUGCCAGAAAACAACAACAAGGAGCCGUGGAGGAUUCAAAAGGACUUUAUCUGUUUAGUCAUUUGUCUUGGCAUCCAUUUUAACUAAAGCUGUACUGUAAAAUGCAACUGCCAAAUGGGAAAUAAACCGGUUAAAUGUGAA